AUGCAUUUAUUGUAUUCGUCAGCUAUCGUGAUAUGGACGCUAUUUAUACUCCAAUCUAUAAGCCAGAUAGCGGUAACUUCGUGUAGCUCAUCAGAGGUCAAAAAGAUUGAGGUUGUUACCUCGACGACAGAAAAUAUAGUCCAAUUAAAUUUAAUUGAAAUUAAAGAACCUUUGGCAAAACCAAAUAAUUACGAUUGGCGUGAAAGUGGAAAUGACCCGAAUCUUGCAAAGUUCAAUUCUAUAAACUUAAUAUCCAUCAAUGAAGAGAAGUUGACCAGCGACAAGAGAUGUACCGGCAAUUGUGAUUCACUCGAUGAUCACGGAAGAGUAAGUGGUCGUUCUUUAAACGACUCAAACCAAUGCCCUGGUGAUCUUCUAAACUGCUGGUUUCAAAGUAAAACGGAAAAACGAAAAAAAGCUGAGAAAGACGCUUAUGAUACAAGACCGCAUCUCAACUGUGGCUCACGUGGUUGCUCUCCGAUCUUGGUAACAAACCCAAAAUAUGAUGGGUUCAAAAAAGUACUCGACCACACUGGUAACAUGUGCAAGUGCAGAUGCCAUCGUACUUAUAAUCUAGACUCAAUUGAUGAAGACAAUAAAUUACUUGACUCCAUAUGUUUUGAUCCUGUUUCUGUUGACAAGGGAUUUGUCGCUACUGGCACUAAAUUUACGAGACAUGAUAACGUCAUAUACCUCCAACUUAGGCAAGCGCGAUUAUCAAAUGGUCGGUUAAUUGAAACUACUAAAAAGUGGACAGAUUUGAAACGCUGCAGUCCUGCCAACACAAAGCCAGUUUACAAUUCCGAUCUGAACAAAUAUUUGGAAAUCAAAUUGGAAGAUAUUAUAUUGCCAGAAAACGCUGUUGUUACAGGUGUGACAUUGGAGGACUCAGUGCAAGGACGAUAUCUAAACGACAAUUCAAAUUUCGAUGAAAAACGCGGGGAGAUUACUCAACGGAGUCAAUGCAGUGGAAGUACCACAUAUUCAGUGUUUGGUAACUACCAAGUAAAACCAUCCACUGGUGUUUCUAUACGAGAUAAUAACGAAUUUAGUAAAUCAUGUCAAAGUCACAUAUUAUUCCAAGGAUCUUCUCAGGAUAACGAAAAGCUACCAUACGUCGUUCCAUACGUCGAUUUGCGAGAAAUCGUAACCGAGUCACCUGAAGCUAUUCGCGGAAUCGGUUGGCAUCAUCGCGGUUUCCCCGGAUAUGGAGGAUUUCUCGCUCUCAAGAUUUUCAAAAAAGUCUAA